GAGCCCAACACCAUUGCUGAUAACAACCUGGCUCAACUUGGUUUCAUCCAGGACCGUUGUCGCGCGCAAAACCCCAGAAUUGACGUUAGAGCCCCGGUGAGCCCCACGGAUGGUGCCCGAACCCGAGCCUGGCGCUGGCGACUAUGAGCAGUACAAAGACGGCUUCCACGACUGGCUGGCCACGUACUGGCCGGAGCCGCGCGAGCAGCUGCACGCGGGCGGCUGGCGGCGCACUGCGCAGAUGCUCGCGGACAUCAAGCGCCACCUGCAAACACACCCGCCCGCCGAUGUGGCGACGGCGGCUGAGGCUGAAGCGACCAGCCGCCCCGCCUCCACUCCGACUAUUGCACUUGGGGGGCCCGCCGGCGCGGCGGCCGUGCCCGGUCGCUCACUGGGCCGCCCGUUGGAGGUCGUGGACAUCUGCUGCGGCGAGGGCGGCACGGCGGUGCACCUGGCGGCCACUGAGGGGUGGCGGGUGACGGGCGUGGACAUCGUGCAGUCCGCAGUGGAGGCAGCGCGCGCGAGGGCGGAGGCGUAUGGCGAGGUGGUGCACGUGGCAUGCCAGGUCGUGCCGGCGGGCAGCUGUGACACGGCUGACGGCGGCAGCAGCAGCAGUGGUGAUGUGCGGCUGCGGCUGCGGGUGCGGGUUGAGGCGGUGUCGGAGCGGGCGCGCUUCCUGCACGCCUCCAUCUUCAAGAUGCCGCUGCCCUCGGCCUCCGUGGAUGUGGUGUACGGCCAGGACCCGGACGGCCUUGCCAACCCCGACCGCGUGCAUGCCUUCAGGGAGGUGCUGCGUGUGCUGCGCCCCGGCGGGCUGCUCUACUUCUGGCACCACUGGGUGCCGGGGCCCGGCUGGCCGCCGGAGCUGCUGGCGGCGUACCGGGCGGACCCACUCACGGGGCCGGCGCCGCGGCUGAGUCACGAGGAGUACGUGCAGGACGUACAGGCUGCCGGCUUCCGGCUGCUGCACGUGUCCGACUGCAGCCAGCUGGCGGCGGAGCACCUGGGGGCCAUGGCGCAGCGGGUGAGCCGCAGCAGCCAGCAGCAGCAGCAACAGCAGGAGCAGCGGGAGCAGGAGCAGCGGGAGGGGGGGCAGCAGCGGGAGCAGGCGGAAAAGACGGGGGCGAAGAAUGCGGAGGCGGGGGUGGCGGAAGCGGGGGCAAGCGGGCGAGCGGGCGAGAGCACUGACGGCCCGGCCGGGGAGGAGGGCUGGACGGCCAUCCCCAUCAGCGGCUGGCUGCAGCGCGCGCUGCACUACUCGGCGCUGGCGGGCGGCAGCAUGGGCGUGCACGUGGUGGCGGUGAGGCCGGUGGGAGCAGCGUGAGGGGGGCAGCGGGGUGGGGGCAGCAUGAGGGGCAGCGGAGGUGCAGGCGUAUGGUUUUGUGGGAGAGUGAGUAGUCGAAGAAUCGGAACGCAGGCUUGGAUUGACCUUUGGACUGUGAGCAUGAUUAUGAGCAUCAUUGUGACUGCGUGGGCAUGGAUGUGAGAAUGUGGAGCUGCUGUGAGUGAUCCCGACAUCCUGAUUCCUGAAGGUGCAAGCUGCGUGCGGCUGUCUAGGGAGGCAGUGAUACGUUCGGCGCUUGAACAAUACAGACGGCACAGAAGGG